CCCACCUUCACGCGCCAUAACCCACCCUCCGUCCUCCCUCUCCCGCAGGUGCUGUGUGCCGGAGGCGAGGAGCACGACGCCUGCACAGGUGACUCCGGAGGCCCUAUGGUCAUCAGCAACAGCAACAGGACGCGGAGAUACGUCAUCGGCGUGGUCAGUCGCGGCCCCAUCGUCUGCGGCGCCCCUGAGAGCUCGGGGAUUUACACGAGCGUCAUCUAUUACAUCGACUGGAUCGUGAAAAACCUCCGUGCUUAAGGGGGCAACGGAGGUCGAUACAGGGUCUGCGUGGAAUGGGAAGACUGGCCUUGAGGAUUCACUAGGAAGACGGGAUAGCGAAGGAGAGAUGGACGCCGGAUUUGGCGUCGACUAAAGUGGAAAAUGGGAUAACGAAGGGGAGACUGGUCCAAAAAAUUGGUCUAUAUCGUCUUAGUUGUAGGGAAAUAGAAUUCGGGGUCGCCUGGCUUGAGUUGUAGCGACAAGGCACUCCUGCAAUUUCCAACGCCCGCCAGGAUCGAUAAC